AUGCGAUGGGAUGAUGGUCAACGUGUUACUUUCGACGCAACAGAUCAGGACUGGACAGCGACCAGGCGUCUUCCCCAAGCGCUCAUUAUUGGUGUGAAGAAGGGCGGGACACGCGCGCUGCUCGAGUUCCUGCGACUUCAUCCGGAUGUUCGGGCUGCGGGCUCCGAGCCCCACUUCUUCGACAGACAUUACAGCCGGGGAUUAGAUUGGUACAUGAGCCUGAUGCCCAAGGCCCUGGAGGGACAGAUCGUCAUGGAGAAGACACCUCGGUACUUUGUGUCAGCGGACAGCCCUGCCCGAGUCCACGCCAUGUCUCACGAGGUCAAGCUCAUCGUCGUGGUGCGCGACCCCAUCACUCGGGCCAUCUCCGACUACGCCCAGAUCGCGUCCAAAACGCCCGGCGUGGCCAGCUUCGAGAGCCUGUGCCUCCAGAACGGGAGUGGCGUUGGGGGCAUGGAGGUGAACUCCCAGUGGAGCCCCCUGUGGAUCGGCCUGUACGCCCGGCACCUGGAGCGCUGGCUCGCCUACUUCCCCCUGGCCCAGGUGCACGUUGUGCACGGCGAACGCCUGGUGAGCGACCCGGCGGGGGAGAUGGCGCGCGUGCAGGACUUCCUCGGCCUGGAGAGGAUCGUCACCGACAAGCACUUCUACUUCAACCAGACCAAGGGCUUCCCAUGCCUGAAGAAACCAGAGGGAAGCAGCCAGCCACAUUGCCUGGGCCUAACUAAGGGCAGAGCUCACCCCCAGGUCCGAGAGGAGGUCAUCAGGUCACUCAGGGACUUCUAUCGGCCCCAUAACCUCAGAUUCUAUAAGCUGGUGGGCCAAGACUUUGGCUGGCAGUGA